GACGUGAGCUGAUUUAGGGUUUUCUCCUGGAGGUGGAACCCAACCAUCCAUGCCUCCCACCUGCACCGUACCCAUCAUCACCAUCUCCUGACCGCUCCCCCGACCAGCGACGCUAAACCCCAAUCCCGUCUCCGGUCCUGUCCCGCGGAGGUGGGGGGAUUCGAUCCAGCAUGGCCGUCCCCACUGUCGCGUCGGCGGCUAAUCCGUCCUGCCCCAACCACUCGGUCCAGUUCUACUACAACAACUCCGGGAAGAUCAUCUCGGACAUCUGGCGCGCCAAGGACUACGCGGUGGUGAGCGUGGGUCUCAUCCUGUGCUGCUUCAUCAUCCUCUUCAACAUCCUGGUCAUCACCGCCAUCUGCAUGAACCGCCGCUUCCACUACCCCAUCUACUACCUGCUGGGGAACCUGGCGGCCGCCGACCUGUUCGCCGGCAUCUCCUACAUGCACCUGAUGUUCCACACCGGGCCCUGGACGGCCAAGCUCACCGUCUACCAGUGGUUCCUACGCCAGGGUCUGAUCGACACCAGUCUGACGGCGUCGGUCAUCAACCUGAUGGCCAUCGCCCUGGAGCGCCACCAGACCAUCUUCACCAUGCAGCUGCACAGCAAGAUGACCAACCGGCGGGUCAUCCUGCUGAUCGUGGCCAUCUGGACCAUCGCCGUGAUCAUGGGCAUGAUCCCCAGCAUGGGCUGGAACUGCCUGUGCGACCCCCAGCUCUGCUCCAAGAUGGCGCCCAUGUACAGCCGCAGCUACCUGGUGUUCUGGGCGGUGCUGAACCUGCUGUCCUUCAGCAUCAUGGUGAUGGUGUACACGCGCAUCUUCGUCUACGUCCGGCACAAGAGCCAGCGCAUGAGCCAGCACACCGUCCAGUCCAAGCACAAGGAGACGGUGGAGAACCUCAUGAGGACCGUCUUCGUCAUCCUGGGGUGUUUCGUGGUGUGCUGGACUCCCGGCCUGGUGCUGCUGCUGCUGGACGGCCUGAAGUGUAACUGCUACGUGCUGAAGGUGGAGAAGUUCUGCCUGGUCGUGGCCGAGCUCAACUCGCUGAUGAACCCGCUCAUCUACUCGUACCGCGACAACGACAUGCGCCGCACCUUCAAGCGCAUCCUGUGCUGCGCCUGCUUCCGGCGCGGCGGGGGCGGCCAGCACGCCGGCGUCCACUUCAACGCCCUGGACCAAGAGGUGAACAGGAACCAUGAAGGUGAACCCCCGGACCACCCGAACCCUCCGCCACAGGACUCCCCUGAUGAGGUCCAGGACCUGCCCCUAAAGCCCAGCGAAGAAAAUCCAGUCGGACCUCCCGAAGAAGCGAGUGUGAACGGAACCGACGCUUCUGAACACUUGUGACGUCAUCAUCUACGUCAUCACGAAGGUUUUAUGACUUAUGACGUCAUAACCGAUGCCUUUAUGGACGUUUUACUAGAUUUACGAUGUCGAAGCUUCAUUCUGUUGCAUUCUGCCACCACCGUCAUUACAGCUCAAUCGUUCGUUCAUUCGUUCACUUCCAUGCACUGAUUUAACCGGACCAGGGUCACGGUGGGUCCAGAACCACAGCCUAGACAGGGCGCAGAUCCAUCACGGGGCAUCACACGUCUGCAUGUUGAGAGGAAAACUUAUACCGGUGUAGAGAGAAUACUGGGUUCCAUCCUUACUUCAACACGGUGGAACUGGGGAGGGAUGUGCCGCCCCGUCCAGGUCGUGGUUCUGCUGUCCGCUCAGUGUUUUCAGAUGGGCCCGGACCCACACAGACCCUGACCAGGGUGAAAUGAAUGAGUAUCUGUGAAUAGUUUUGAAAAUGUGAAUCUUCCGUUUUUAUGUGAAUUAACGUUGAUAGUUUUAGCUGAGCUGGUUGCUGUUACCAGACACUGGUUUGUACUGGGUCGGGUUAGCUGGUAAGUGGGCAUCUUUUAUGCCAGAGGGAUUCAAAAAUGCACUAUAUGGCCGAAAUACGGUCCUCCUAGAGUUCCGCCCUCCUCCGUUGUGUCUAGAACAGUCUCCACUCAUCUGGACCCCACCAUUAAAUCACCAUUAGAUCAGUGACUGGUGGCAGAAAGCAGCUUACAAUGCGAUGAGGAGGCGGGGUGUGAAUAUUUUAUACAGAAUUAAUCUGCCGUGUAUUUAAUGUUUGUUAUUUAUAAAAUGGUUUUUAAUUCACUGUAUUUAAACGUGUUGUUUUGUUUAUUACUGAACUGUUUUAAUUCAUUUUAACUUUUACUGCUGUACAUUUAAAAACAAUAAACAAAAGAUCAUUACUAAAA